AUGUGCCCGACAUUUGUAGACCCUACUAAUCUACUGGAAGAUCCGGAAUUAGAUAUCCCUGAUUGCAGUGAAGAUAAUGCUGCAGUAUAUCAAGGUAUAGUAUGCCAGACGCUUCAAAAUAUAUGUUAUAUAUAACAUACAAUAUAAAUUGGCAGUAUUCCAGCUAAUGGAUUCGUGAUAUCAGAUUGUGAUCCCGUUUAUAAACGUGAUAAAGAGAAUAUUUUUUAAAGUUUAGUCACCCGCACUUAAUUAAUUAGCUAGAGAAUAGAGUUUAUGUUGUUAAUCCCAAGAUACAAUUGAAGCGUCUUUUAUGGUGUGUCACACGACAAAACAUUGAUUUCCGUCCAAGAAAUUGCUUGAACUUUGUUUGAUAUGCAUUGAUCGAGGUUGUUAUUCUUUUCAAUUCUACUUUUAAAGGUACCAGGAUGUUCAUGGUAAAAAAUGUGAAAUUGGUCGAGGACUGUGAGGAGGCUGAAGUGGUGUCGUGCAAUAAAGAUACUGUGGGGAAAACACGCUUACAGAAAUGGUCAAGGGGAAUAUUUGUUAUAGCAUCAGGUGGAGGGCACAUUGACUACUGGCAACCUUUAUACAA